AUGGAGAAGUAUAAAAAGAGCCAGAAGAAAAAGGAGGAGAAUAAGAAGGCGAAGAAGAAGCAGAAGAAGAAGAAGAGAAAUAUGUGGAGGAAAUGGAAAAAGAAAAAUAUGGCGGAGAAAAAGAAGAAGAAGAAGAAGAAUAAGAAGAAGAAGAAGAAAAAGAAGAAGAAGGGGGAGAAGAAUAAAUCGAAGACGAAGCAUCAGAAGAUGAAGAAGAGGAAAAAGUGGUAG